ACGUCUCAUUGGCGAAGCUCGCGCAGGCGCGAGUCCGCCUGCUUUACAUUGGGCCUUUUACGCAGAGGGGGCGUGACUCCAGGGCUCCGCCCCUCGCCUCGGCCCAGCCUCGGGGUCCGGGCAGAGGGUUCCACUGUCCCUGGGCCCACACCUCUGUGUUUCUCUACGGUGCCGGCUGCGUGGAGCCGGGAUGCGCUGCGCCUGCUGCGGGUCCUCAUUAUGGAGACCAAACGCCUGGAGAUUCCCGGCAGCGUCCUGGAUGAUCUCUGCAGCCGAUUUAUUUUGCAUAUUCCCAGUGAGGAACGAGACAAUGCAAUCCGAGUGUGCUUCCAGAUUGAGCUCGCCCAUUGGUUUUACCUGGAUUUCUACAUGCAGAACACACCAGGAUUACCUCAGUGCGGGAUAAGAGACUUUGCCAAAGCUGUUUUCAGUCACUGUCCGUUUCUGCUGCCUCAAGGGGAAGAUGUGGAAAAAAUUUUGGAUGAAUGGAAGGAAUAUAAAAUGGGAGUUCCAACUUACGGUGCAAUUAUUCUCGAUGAGACACUGGAGAAUGUACUGCUGGUUCAGGGGUACCUGGCAAAGUCAGGCUGGGGAUUUCCCAAAGGAAAAGUAAAUAAAGAAGAAGCGCCUCACGACUGUGCGGCUAGAGAGGUCUUCGAGGAAACUGGCUUUGAUAUAAAAGACUAUAUCUGUAAGGAUGACUACAUUGAGCUUCGGAUAAGUGACCAGCUAGCCCGCCUGUACAUCAUCCCAGGAGUUCCAAAGGACACCAAGUUCAACCCCAAAACCAGAAGAGAAAUUAGGAAUAUUGAGUGGUUCUCCAUUGACAAGUUGCCCUGUCACAGAAAUGAUCUGACGCCUAAGUCCAAACUUGGCUUGGCCCCUAACAAGUUCUUCAUGGCCAUUCCCUUCAUCAGACCACUAAGGGACUGGCUGUCUCGAAGAUUUGGAGAUUCCUCAGACAGUGACAAUGGGUUUUCUUCAGCUGGUAGCACACCAGCUAGACCCACCGUGGAAAAAUUGAGUCGAACAAAAUUCCGCCACAGCCAGCAGCUGUUUCCUGAAGGCUCUCCGAGCGACCAGUGGGUGAAACACAGGCAGCCGCUGCAGCAGAAGCCGCACAGUAACCACACAGAGGCGGCGGACCCUUUCAAAGCAAAGAAUCAAAAUAUGAGAGGGAAUGGCAGAAAACAGUAUCAAGACUCACCUAAUCAAAAGAAGAGAGCAAACGGAGUUCAUGGCCAGCCAGCAAAGCAACAGAAUCCCUUGAUGAAAUGUGAAAAGAAGCUGCAUCCACGAAAACUUCAGGACAACUUCGAGACAGAUGCCGCAUGUGACUUGCCUUGUUCUGGUGAAGACCCGUUGGUAGAACAUGCUGAGGGACAUUCUGUAGCAUGCAAUGGACAUUGCAAGUUCCCGUUUUCAUCCAGAACCUUUCUGAGUUUCAAGUUUGACCAAAAUGCUAUAAUGAAAAUCUUGGACCUUUGAUCCAGCAAGUGUAUUGCAGAAGUCCCACAAUCUGAGACCUGUUGCGUGUGAGUGGGUGUCUCCUCAAGCCUUACCUUUCUCAGGUAUUUGAAAGAAAUGCAGGGAGGCAAUGUUUCUAAAGAGACUUUCUGUAUAAAAGAGAAACUAGAAAGAAACACAAGUUUGCACUGUAAAUGCAGUUAGAACUUUUUAUAUGGAUUUACCGUUUCAGUGUUUGGAGCCAAGUUUUAGUUGCCUGUGGUUUUCUGUCUUUCCCUUAUUGUGCGUAACUGUUUUAUAUUCUGAUCAAGAGUUGUUUUGAUUGCAUCAUCAGCAAAUAGCCAUGCCUAUAGGAGUGCUUCCCCUCUAUCUUAGUGAUUGCAAAAGCUUGCUUAUUGGAAACUGUAAAAGGAACUUAGAACCCAGUGACCAGUGAGCUGAGCGUCAGAGCUGAACUGCGGCGGCCGUUAGGCUGCAGGCGUCUGCUCACACCUCUGCUUCUAACCACCGAGAGUCUAACCCUUCCUUCCAACUGGAGCUUUGUCAGUUCGUUUAGCACCUCGUCUCCAAAACAAUACUCAUUUGCACAAUGAACCUUGAGCACUUCAUCGGGGCCAUAUCCACAGCCGGAAGAGUGAUGGAGUCGGUGGGGAGCUGAUGCUGUAAUUUCAAGCUAUGAUGUUUGCUGUCAAAAACAAAACCAAACCCAAACCUGUGAGUGCUGGAGCAGAGGGCAUGGAAGCGAGUGGCUGGCACUUCUCUAGGUCCCUCUGUUGAGUUUUGUGCCAUGAUUAUGCUCAUGUGAAACAUCUAUGAAUAUUCUAGUUGCAUGAGUCUUUGUGGAGAACUACAUUCUUAGUUCUAUAUUGCAUCUCAGUGUUGAUCUGUAAGCUGAUAUUAGGUUCCAGUUUGCAGUAAUACCAGAGUGACAUGCUUUUAACUCAUAUCUUGAAGCCCCUGGGUUAUAAAGAGAGAAAGAAGGGUUAUGCAAUUUUCCCCAGUACAAGUAAAUAAAACAUGUCACUGGGGGGCCCUUGAAGUAAUGUACUUAGGCCACACGUAGGAAUGUAUCUUAUAUUUUGCUCCUUCAGAAUUCUUAAACCAAACACUCGUGACAGUGCCCAUUUUGCAGAGAAUCACCGGUUGUUGAGGACAAUCACCAGAGCUCUAAAGAGGCAAUACGAUUUUGGCUGCACCUGACCUUACUGAGAAUCUUUCCUGUACACGUGCAUCGGUUGUGUGCGGUUUUAACAAGUGGUAUCCACAAAGUAUAUCUCUGCUUAUAAAUAUUACUAUAGAAAUCUUUAUUCUGUAUAUGUAGCCUAUUUAAUCGGGGUGCUACCUAACCCCAUGGAACUUUAAAAAGAAGGGCUAUUAUUGUGAGGAAGUCACUUGGGAUUACUGCUUUGCUUUAGCUUUUAAAUGACUGAUUUUAAAGAAGAAAUUAUAUUUAUUAAUGAAAGUGUCACUCGGUGCUAAGCAGGAGACUUCACAGUGAUAACAGUGUGUUUGGAAUCUUCGUGGGACUGCUUUGUGACUCCUCCUGUGACCUUUGCUUUUUAAUGCAUUGUAUGAUUGUGUUUAGAAGCCCUUUCUGGUCUUGUCAGAAAUACAGCUGCUUUGCUUGGGUCUUCUUGAGCCAUAUUUAUAGUUGGUCCCAGCAUUCCAGAUUUCUGUUAAAUGGUUAAGGGGGUGAAAGCUGAAAGCCAAAGCUUGCCUGGCAGUGAGCCACUGUCACUCCCUGACUGUCAUCUGGAAACCAUUGUGUGCGUGUGUGUGUGUGUGUGUGUGUGUGUGUGUGUGUGUGUGUGUGUGUGAGAGAGAGAGAGAGAGAGAGAGAGAGAGAGGGAGAGAGAGAGAGAGAUUGAUUUGAUUCUUUUUAAGUGAGCACUUCAGUCAGUCUCUGGUGCCUGUAGAGGUUGGAUUCUCAGCUCUCAAUUCUAGAGCAUAAUCAGUUAGUUAGCAGAAGGUAUGGCCCUUAAAGUGGUUGACUGUAAGAACCAACCAGUGAUGUGCUGCUUCAGUAAACGCACUGCAGAACAAAGCAAGGGGCUGGUUGGGAUGCAGUUAGGACAACUUAGGCUUUAGGUCUGAAAUGUAAGGUUUGUAUGUAUGAUGUGACUCAACUAUGCAGAAAAUGUUCAGUUGGCGUCCUUGUUAGUGUACGUACUUCUUCACUGUACAGGUUAUCUGAGAGAUCGUAUUUAGCACAGGACUGGAUUUCUUCUCUGGGCUAUGUUAGCAUUUCUUCAUAGAAUCUAGUGAUGAGGAUGCUGAAUAUGCAAUAAUGUGCUUCUGUGCAGUGCUGCAUUUAGAGACACUAGAUGGAACAGUAGAUACGUCAGCCUUAUUAUUUGUAUUUGAGAGGUGAGACUUUGAAAUCACUUUUAAACAUCCUUAGGAUCCAACUGCAUGUGUUCCAAGGUGCAAUGCACUGUGAAUCUUUUUAAGUCUAAGUUUAUAGGUGCUUUUUUAAUGUGUAACUUAAGUGGUUUGAAGAAUGUUAAAUAACUUUGUCUUUAACCAUUGUACUCAAAGAGACAAAGGAUACAGUUUACAUACUUUCUGUAAGAUUUUGUUAAGAAAUAGUGAAUGAAUGACUCUAGGAUUUCAAACAGCGAUUUCAUCCUGAGACAUGAGCACUUGUAGGGGCUGGAAUAACCUAAUAGAUCUGAUAGCUUGAAUAAAUUGGUGGCGACAUCUUGAAAGAUCUAUCUAGAUUUUUGUACCAAUAUGUGAAAGAUAGUUGCCCAGAACUGUCAGAGGGGUUGUGGUCACUGCUUGCCGCUUUGACCUUUGAAUAUCAUUAUUUUUAUAUUAAAUACUAAUUAGUAAUUACAGAUAAUGUAGCUAUAUAGCAGAUUAAUAUGCUGUAAGACUUGGCUGUGCUUUUUCUUUUGGAGGUUUUAAUAAUUUACAUGUAAUAUCAAUAAAAUGCACAUCUAAGAGAAUGACUAUAGGAAUUAGAUUCCUCUAUAAAAUACUGUGUUUUCUAAAAAUGUCAAGGACUGGCACCAGUGUGCAUUAAAAACCAUUUCAUUACCAAAUUCCUUACCAGUCCUGUUUCUCUAGCAUUAGUUCAACAAGUAAGGAGAGAGUAGGACCCGGAGAAGAUCAUUUGCUGGGCAGGUUUUAUUCCUUUAAUGCCUCUUGGCCUUUGCUGUGUCUGUGUGUGCCAUGUUGGAGAUUUUAAUGACAGCUGUUGUGUUCAUGUUCUCUGAGGCAGUAUUUUCUUUGUAUUAGUAUUCAUGGUUGUAUUCAUUAACACUUCUUCCUCCUGCUUUUGAGCUGGAUAUUGUGUAUUAUUAUUACUGAGAGAAGAAGUUCAAACGUGUUACGGCUAGAAUUGACCAUCAACAAAGGGCAGCACUCCCGGGUCUAAGGUAUUCUUCACCUUUGUGUGUAGUGUUACUCCUUAGAGCUCAGGAAAGCUGUGCGAGAGUGUCCUAACACUUCUGAAGACAUUUGUAUAGUUUCUUAAAAGGCCAGAAAUGGGCUUACAGUAGGCCUCUCCACAUCUUUCUAUCACUAUAUGUAGAAUUGUCACUCCUGAAGCCUGUGUCAGAAGGCAGAUUGAGAUCAGCAGUAUGAAAUUUGUCAUAAGGAUCUUGCCAUUUUUAAACUGUAUUGGGAAAGGAUCUUGAAAAGAGCGGGUAGUCCACAGUUGCUGGGCGGAGUGAGGAAGAAACUUGUGCACAUUCUGGCACGUGAGUGCUUCCAGGAAGGAUGCUCAGGUGAGAAAUGUGGCCAGCGCCCCGCCCAAGCAGAGUGGAGCAGUGCAGUUCUUCCCAGGCAUUUUCUACUCCUUGGUGAAGUAUUGUUUUCUAAAUAUGAUGUCCGAGCAAUCCAUGGAUGCUAAUGGAAUUCUUUUCACCCUAAGGACCAGUGUUUGAGUUCUUUGUGUUGAUCAGUUCUGCCGAGCUCUAGCCUCUCUUGAGUUUGAGGGUUUUUUGUUUGGUUUUCAUUAAUUUCUUUUUAAUGUGUAUGUAUGUUUUGCCUGUAUAUUUGUUUGUAUACCACGCUUGUGCCUGGUGCCUAAGGAGGCCAGAAACUGUGUGUCAGAUGAUUUCCCCUGGAACGUGAGUUCAGAGUGUUAGAAAUGGAACCCAGGUCCUCUGCCAGUGCUCUUAACCACUCUGUUGUUGAUAAGAUAGGCAGAGUGUUGUGGAAGUGCUAGCAGUAGUUUCCUUGUGACAAACAGCAUUUGUCACUGACUACAUUCAUUGAGAAAUGAAGACUCAGCCCACCCUCCUGGAUAGAACUGGAUGUAAGGGCAUGCAUUUGGUGUUGUUUGUUUGGGUUUUCCUUGUGUACAUCUUUGUACUUUGUGUUAAAGCUCAGAGGCUUCAGUUAGAGACAUGUUCAGAGUGGAAUAUCUAAUUUGAAGCCAGCCAUAAAGAGAUUAUAUUAAUCUUGGGUCUUAGUGUAGCAGAGGAUUGGGUUCUGUCUCCUUGUCACAGUUUCAAAGGAAUUCACCUCAAGAUGCUGCUAGCUGGGCAGCAUUGCCUAAGGGUUCCCCGAGAAAAGGAACCAUGGGAGAGUCAGUUUCAGGGUGUGGCUUGGCCGUCUUUGUGGACAUGGGCUCUUUAGUGGCAGAUAAAUGUAUCUGAUUCCGGGGUUGUGGUUUCAGUUUGCUGAGUGUCCUUGUCUGGGCAUCUGUUUCAGUAAUCCUCAGGCUUUUUGUUUGUGCUGUGUCUCUAAUACAUCUGACACCAUGAGAAUUUGCUGUAACUUUAACUCCUGAGCCUCAAGUAGAUAGAAGGGCUGUGUUCUUUCUAGUCAGUGUAUAUAGCUGUGAAAUUGGUGUGGGAGCACAGAAAACACUUUGAGGAUCUCUUCAGUAGUUUUAGAAUGAAAUGGGCAGCAUUUCCUAACACUCAAUUUUUAGGAUAGUGACCUUUUAAAGUAGAAGGUAGAGUACUUUGAAAUUUUAAUUAUUUGAUCCAAAUGGGUAAAACAAUAGUUCUAGACUGGUGAAGCCUUUAGGACUCAAUUGUACACUUCUAAAGCCAUUUCUCAAGCUUUAAGAAACUUAGCAGAGCCUUUGCAGUGUUCAGCAGAAGUAUGAAAGUAAGGAGAGGUGCAGCCGCAAGGCUGUGUCUGGUGCUGGCGGAUGGCUGGUGAGAUGCAGGAAUACUUGCGGCAUCUGAGCAGUAGUGGACUUGGACGCAUGGCAUGCACGGUACCUUGGAAAAGCAUGAGGCAGUGCUGCAGGAGUCUGCGUUUCACUAAUGUCUGUGUAGCACAUUUUAGGUCAUGUUUGAAUGUCUCACAAGUGUCUAUUAAGUGUCAAAUACAAGAAUCCAAGAAACUGAGCCUUUCAUUUUUUAUGUUUCAAAUUAGGACAGGGGACAAUUCACAUCUGUUGUGUAAAUUUUUUUUCAGUUCACCAAAUAGGGCAAAACAGUAAAACUAUUAACUUUGUUUUAGUUUUUGAAAACUAUUUUUUUAUAUUUGCUGAUAAGUUUUAAAUCUUAUGGUAGUUGUAGAAAUAAGUAUUGACUUACUAGACCUAUGUAUAAUUCAAUUAAUCUGUUGGCUUCAAUGAAACCAUAAUGAAUCUUCAUGAAUGUUCAUGUAUUUAGCUACUUAAAAUGAUAUUCUCUUAAUUCAGAUAGUUCUGAAUCAGGCCAGUAGAGAUGAUGCACAUCUGUAAUCCCAGAAUUUGGGAGGCAGAAGACAACCUGGACUACAGAGUGAGUUCCAGGACAACCAGGGAUUACCCUGAGAAACCCUGCCUGGGGGUAGGGUGGUUGGGGGGUGGCAGAUGGAAGGGGUAGGGGAGAGUUUAACAAAAAUGAAGCAUACAGUUUAAUUUGCGUGCAAAAGUGAAUGAAAUUGGUAUUCAUAUGCACUGUGUCUUAGGUUUGUAGCAGUUUACAGUGUGCUGUGAGGACCUGAUGUUCCUGAUAAUUCUAAAUGUGUCUGGGAAAGGUAUAAACAUGCUGAGUCAUAGAAGCUACCAAAAGCUGGCCUGUGAAUUUUGGUGAAAUUACUUCAGUAAUGAUACAAUGUUCAGUGAAAAACCUAGGUUUUAGAAUAAGUAGGUUUGUAAACUUUGUUUCUUUGUUAAUUGGUUUUGUUUUAUAUGAAAUGAUUUAACAUAGAAUAUUUGCUGGACUUAUAACCACAUUUUAUAUUUUAUUUGGAGAAAGAUGAUGUAAACAAACCCUUUACAUGAUUAUGUCUGUGAUAAUAUGAAAGUAUUUGUUUUAUUGUAGUUAUUAGUCAAAUAUUUAGGGAAACCAAAAAGGAACCCCCAAAAUAGCUUGUCAGGUUCACUGUAGUGUGACAACAUCCUUUAGUACUGCAUUUAUUUAGUGUGCCCCCCCCCCAAGUUAGGUGUAUAUGGAUGAUUGGAACUGCUUUUCACCUACAUUGAUGUCACUCAUACAUUUCCAGUGACUCGGGUCUAUGAAUUAGUGAUGCUGGAGCACUGCCUUUCCAAAGAUGUGAGGUGACUUGACACCUCUGUUCUUUGCUGAGGAAGAGUGUACUAGAAUAUCUGAAAGCGUUUCGAUGUGAUCCACACUAGAUUAGGAGCUAAAACCAUACCUUAAGGACUGCACUGACAGUGACGGGAGGCCGCUCGAAUGGCUUUCUGUUAGAUGCUGUGAGCUUCGGUCUAACUCUAACGAGUUACCCAUAACCUGGGCUGCUUAGGCACAGUUAGUUACCACUCUACCUUUGCUUCUGGUCCGUCUUCUUCUUCCUAUAGCUGUAAGUCAUUGAUUGCUGUUACUGGUUAUUGCAGGUUAUUACUCUGGACCAAAAAGGUUAGGAAUGUAGAGUUUAAACGUGAGAAGUUGUUUGUAUUCGUAGAAAUAUAAAAGAUGGAAUUGAUUCAGAGUUGAAAGUGCCCUGUGGGGAUGUGGACACCACCUUAAUCUCAGUUCAGCUUGGAUUUUAAACAGGAGUACAGUGGUGGGCAGGAGAUAAAAACCGCCAGAACCAGGCUUUCCAACAGAAUGUCCCAUGUCCCGGCCUCAGGAGAAAUGUGCUGUUCUCUUAGAGUCCUCAGCUAUGUAACUGCUAUCAAAAGUACUUUCCAUGUAGCAGAAAGUCUGUUUCAGUACUUGUGAUGUGCUAUGAAACUGCUUGUUAUCUCCUAGGUUACAUUAGACUUCCUGAAACAUUUUUUCCCUGUUUUCAAUAGAGAACCUUCUGUUUAUGCUAUAUGUGAAGACAGCCAAAUAAAAAUUGGUGAUAAAUGAG